GGCCUUGGUGCUCGACAGUGGCCCCCCGUCUGCACGCCAGGGUGGUGACAGUUCACAGCUCUGGGACAGCUGAGGACCUGAGGAGAAGAAAGGCCACAAGUUUCAACUCCUGUCAUCAUCGGGGCUGACCAAGACUAGCGGGGACUAUGCAACAUAAAACUGAAGGCAAAAAUCUUCCCCUCUGUCCAGCUCCAGGUGCUGUGGUAGAUCCACAUCCAAUAACCAUGACUGCAGCUGCUCUCGUAGGAGACCAGCUGAUCCUUGAAGAGGACUAUGAUGAGAACUAUAUACCCUCUGAACAAGAGAUCCAAGAGUACGCAAGAGAGAUUGGCAUUGAUCCCAACAGUGAGCCAGAGCUCCUGUGGCUGGCCAGGGAGGGCAUUGUUGCCCCUCUGCCUCCCGAGUGGAAGCCGUGCCAGGAUGUGACUGGAGACAUCUACUAUUUUAACUUCUCUACGGGCCAGUCCACCUGGGAUCAUCCCUGUGAUGAGCACUACCGUCGCCUGGUUGCCCAGGAGCGUGAACGCACCCAGCUCACGGCCACUGCUGGAGCAACCGGAGCAAAGAAGGACAAGAAGAAGAAGAAAGACAAGAAGGAGAAGAAGGAGAAAAAAAAGAAGGAGCCACUCAAGACUCCCGGAGCACUGAGUUUACCAUUAGGACCCCUGCCAUCCCCACUGGGCAGCCUGGCUCCUCUGAGAGGUCUGGAUGUCCCUGGCCCAGGCCCAUUCUCUGGACCUGCCCCUGCUCUCCGGGGGUCCCUUGGCAGCUCUGGCGGGCUGGAGCCCCUUAAGACAUCCCUUGGGGGCCCUUGGAGUAGUGGGGUAUCCAGUGUUUUAGGCAGCAGGCAGGAUGAGCGGGUGUCUGUUACUCUGCCUGGCUCUGAUGAUGGUGAAGACAAAAUCUCAGAAAAUGAGCACAGUCCUCGUAGUUCAGACAGACUUCUAAAGAAUCUCCAUCUUGACUUGGAUGCUCUUGGAGGAGGCCUGCAGUAUGAGGACAGUGAAGCCAGUGGUGGAGCUCAACCUGAGGAGAGGACCGACCCAGAGCUGCAGGACUUGGCCCUGUCUGGAGACCACAGUGCUGAACCAGCAUCCCAACAGGACUCUUUGAGGGGCCACCACCUCCACCUGUCACCACUUGCGGGCAGUGGAAGCCACAUCAGCGAGGAGGGGGCUGCUGUUCCCACCCCAGAGUCUGAACACUCUGUUGAACACUCAGAACAGGAGCCAGCAGAGAUGUUGAAUGAUUUGCAGCAGACGGAGGCACGAGGAGGGCUGGAAGAUGAGCAUGCCUUGAGAGAAAAGGGAGAGAAUGAAGGAGGAGGGGAAGUGGAGGAGGGAGUUAGGGAAGAUAAAGGAGAGGAAGGAAAUGAGCAGGAAGAUGGAGAGGAAGUAGAUGAGAGAAAAAGCAAAGAAGGGGCAGAUGUGAUGAAAAAAGAGCAGGGAGGAGGUGAAGCAGCUGUAGAGAGUAAGAAAGAAGAGGAGGAUGUAGAGAGUGACAAGGUAGAGGAAGAAUACUGUGAUGGUGAGGAUGAGGGUGGAGUGACAGAAAACAUGAACCACAGUGAGAGACAGGAGAGCAGUGAAAGAGAGGAAAAUGACAGCGAUGAGAAAGUAGAAAUGUGCGUAGAAACCCAUGAUGAUGAGACCAAAGACAGAGAGGAGAACAAGGAGGCCUCAGAGGGUUUAAUACAGGAGAAGGAAGUGGUGGAGGAACAAGUUCAAACAAUGAAGAAAGAAGAAAAAUUUGAGGAGGAUAUUGAUGAAGUUCUGGUGAAAUCCUUUAGAAGUGAUAAGGAUGGAAGGAAUGAGGAGGAGGAAAAUGACAAAGCAAUUGAGAGAAGCACAAAUGAUGAAGAAGGCCAGAGUGAAAGUAAGAAAGAUGAGGUAGAGAUGCAAAGCAAAGGAGAGGAAGAGAAAGAAACGGAGGAGGCUGAUGAUGAAAGCAAGGAGGCUUUGGAGAGAUGCUCUGUCAGCCAGAGGAAACUGAUGGAGAGUGAUGAGGAGGUGUUGCAGAGCAGAGGAGAAACAGAGAGGGAGGGUUUAGAGGUAGAGGAUGUUUCAGAUGCCCAGAUGCCACAAGUAGCCUCGAAGAGUGAGGAGGAAGUCCUCGAGGUCUUUGAGAUGGAAGCGGCUCACGUACAACCAACCAAGCAAGGCCAGAAGAUGAUGCUGAGUGAUCUUAAAAUGCUUGACCAAAAAAGAAACACUCUUGCUGGCAAGAUGAAGAGUGGGACAAGUAAAAGCCCUUUUCCUGCAGAGGAGUCUGAGGCCGGUAAGAACACUGACAAAGCGUCAUCCUCCAUAGAUGAUGUCAAGCUGUCAGAGAAGGGUCUGGGCAUCAACAAGCUGAAUGGUGCAGUCAGGCCACUGGAGAAGAAGAACAGAGAGGAAACAAAAUACAAAGAGGAGCAGGGGAGAAAGACAAAGAAGGCAGAGGCUGCUAAGAGGCAUAUGCUGUCUGAAGACAAAGGCAACCCUCUGGCCCAUAAGGUUGACCGGCUCAUCCUCCAUCAGUCCAGCCCUUCAGCCUCCCUUUCCAGCUCAUCCCACUCAGAGCAAGGUGUCAAGCUCCAACCAAAAACCAAAGGUUUUGGCAUUUCUCUGGAGCUACAGAGGCCUGAAACUGCCAGAGGUCGUCUGGUCCGCACCACCAACACCCAGCUUGAAAAUGCUGAACUCCCCUUACAAAACAAAAACAACUCACUGGAUGAAGAGUCGAGCCUGAGAAACUGGGAAGACAUUGAGACGAAAGAAUGGAAGAAAGAAGAGGAGGAGGAGAGGAAGAGUGCAGAGACGGAAGAGAGGAGUCUGAGAGAAAGGGAGGAGGAGAAGGAGAGGGAGAGGAGGAAGGCUGAUCAGGAGGUGGAAGAAGAGAGGGAGCGAAUGAGAAGGGAGAAAGAGAAAAGGAUGCGUGUCUUCCAGGAGGAGCUGAGGAGAAAAGAGGAGGAGGAGGAGAGGAAGCUGAAGGAAGAGAAGGAGGAAAGACUGAGGGCUCUGCGGCAGCAUAUCCUGUCCCAGAGGAAAGAGGAGGAGGUCAGGCUGAAUGUAGAGUCUGAGAGGACCCUGGAGGAGCUCAGAGAGUCUGUACAGAAGGAGAGAGAGAAGCAGCAACAAAGGCUCAGGGAGGAGAGUGCAGCCAUGCUAAAGGGGUUGCGGAUCACUUUAGAGGAAGAACGAGCAGCGGAGCAUGACAGGCUAGAGGCCCAGAAGAGGCAGGACAUUAAACGUCUAAGGGCAGAAUCUGAAGCGGAGCUGCGAGCGGAGAGAAAGAGACUCCAGGGAGAGAGGGAGGAGAAACUGAACUCUCUGGACCAGGAGGUUAAAAGCAGGGAGAGGAGGAAGGAUCUGAUGAUGAGUCCACGACCUGAACAACACCUGGCAGAGUACCACCGAGAGUUGGAUGAUGUGCUCCAAGAAGUGCGCGAGGAAGUGCAGCGUGAUCACGAGAGGAAGCUGGAGCAACUGAGGGAGGAGCACAGGAGGGAGAUGAACAACAUCAGAGAGAAGUACCUGGAUGAGGAGACUGUUCAGAGAGAGCGCUUGCAAUCUACUCUGCAGGAGGAAAGAGAGCGUCUCCAGGCUUCACAUGCUGUCCAGCUGGAGAGACUCCGUCUGCAAAUUUCUAAAUUGACAUUACUUGGAUAG